AUGUCUGCGUUGCUACCACUUCCAGAGGAUAUCAAACAUCUUCUAGAAGAAUACUUACCUGGUGAGAAGCCAUUUCUUACAUUGACCUAUGCACAAUCACUUGAUAGUAGAGUAUCAGCUGGUCCUGGUUUGAGAACUGUUAUUUCCCAUGAACAGACAAAAACCAUGACACACUAUAUUAGAGCACAUCAUGAUGCUAUUGUCAUUGGAAUAUCGACCUUUCUUGCUGACAACCCCUCUUUAAAUUGUAGAUACAACCUUAACAAACAUAAAAUAAGGCCUGUCAUCAUUGAUCCGCAUUUUAAGAGUAGUUCUAAACUUGCAGGCUCUAAAAUAGUGGAGAAUUACACAGACGGAACAGGUUUGAAACCUCUCAUUGUUGUUUCCCGUGACGUCAACUCAUCGAGUACAGAGGAGUUUGAUGUUGUGCACCUAAAAUGCGUCAAUGGACGGUUCCCAUGGGAGAUCAUAGUGAAGAAAUUACAUGAAUUGGGCCUACCUCGCAUCAUGGUUGAAGGUGGAGCCUAUAUAAUCAAUUCCCUGCUGACAGAACCCAAACUCGUCGAUUCACUCAUUAUUACUAUAGGUCCUGUCUUUCUUGGUGAGAAUGGUGUUUCUGUAUCACCAGGACAAAAUGUAACUCUUGAAAACAUCAAAUGGUGGACCGGUAUCCAAGACUCAGUCAUAUGUGCAACGUUAAAAUGA